CUGUGUUGUCAUCCCAACAACUCACUUUGCUGCGUCCCAUUCAGAAAGCGUCGACUGGCCUCCUCCAACACCUGGCGAACGCCUGCACCUUUUCCAACACCGCCACCUGCUGGAGAACCACUGACGAGCUCCUGCCUUGCUCAAAGGCGCCUUGCCAAGCCGCUAGAACCUUCCUCUGAGGCUGUGAUAGACCACCGUCGCUCUCAUCAGUUAGAACCUGACAUUGCCGACUGGUACCGAGGUCCAAACCACAGCUCCACCUGACAGGCGAGGAACGCUGUGACUGACAGCUGAUGGCUGACUGGAGUCUGCUGGGAAACUUCCUGGAGGAAGUACAGGAACACUCCACCUCCAUUGGCAAGGUGUGGUUGACCAUCCUGUUCAUUUUCCGCAUCCUGGUUCUGGGGACGGCGGCUGAGUCGUCUUGGGGCGACGAACAGGAAGACUUCAGCUGCGACACGGAACAGCCCGGCUGCGAGAACGUGUGCUACGACAAAGCCUUCCCCAUAGCGCACAUACGAUAUUGGGUGCUCCAGAUCGUCUUCGUGUCCACGCCCAGCCUGGUCUACAUGGGCCACGCCAUGCACACGGUCCGCAGGGAGGAGAAGAGGCGGCGCCGAGAGGAGGAAGGCGGGGAGAAUGGCGAGGGCGAUGAGGACAACGACGACCCGGGAGGGGGCGAAGGAGGCAAGGAGCGAGGGGACAAAGAAGGAAAGUACGCAGGGAAGGAGAAGAACGAAGGGCCGCCAGCAGGGAGGGUCCCCCUGAAGGGGGCGCUGCUGCAGACCUACGUGCUGAGUAUCCUCGUAAGAAGCAUCAUUGAGGUGGUCUUCCUAUGUCUGCAGUACUUCCUGUAUGGAAUAUUCCUCCAUUCUCUUUUUGUGUGCAAGGCGUGGCCCUGCCCACACCCCGUCAACUGCUAUGUGUCACGACCCACGGAAAAGAACGUCUUUAUCGUGUUCAUGUUGGUGGUGUCGGCCGUGUCGCUGGUGCUCAGCGUGCUGGAGCUCCACCACCUGGCCUGGAGGCACUGCUGCAGACGCUGGUUUUCGUCAAAGAACGUCGAGACCCCUGCGCUCGCCAAGCAACUUCCCAUGUCGCCGCCCCCGCCCUCCACCCCGCCUCCUGACUUCAGCCAGUGUGUGAUUGGGCCCUCGCACUUCCUGGCCCUCCCUUUCACCAACCACCGCCUGGCUCACCAGCAAAACUCCGCCAACAUGGCCGCCGAGCAGCACAAGAUGGGCGCCACGGUGGGCGAGGAGAGCCUGCUCCAGAUGGAGUGCUACUCGCCCGGCUGGCAGAGGGGCGCCGACAUGGCCUGCUUCAGCCACGCCGGCGGCGAGGACUGUGCGCGGGUGAAACGUGCGAUGCCGUGCGCCAGUGGCGAGGUGUGUCAGAGGGACAAACGCAGGCUCAGCAAGACGAGCGCCACGAGCAGCCGAACGAGAGCGGGCGACCUCGCCAUCUGACAACAGCUUUCUAGCAACCGCUCGUAACACGUCCGUGUGAGAACACUCUGAAGGAACACUGGAGCGCUUCAUUGCGGCGACUUGGAGGGUAAUUCCACUCUUUGGAUGACUUAUUUCUGUUUCCUGGCUUUCAUUCCCAAUAAAUUACGAGUUAGCUUGACUCAAAAAGACGUCCGAGAAUCUGCAGCUGUGUCCCAAAUGGAAUACUUUGGUCAGUGCGCUUCAGCAAGUACACUGUGCGGUGUGCACUUAGGUCCUGAGGGCGCCACGUUUGAGAGUGAAGUUCUGUCCCAAAUCCAUUACUGCCUUCGUACACGCUGAAAUAUUUACUCACUUCUUCUUCUCUCCUCUUUAAUUGUGAAUUGCUGCCUACAUGGGGCGGCAUCGCUCGGUUGGUAGAGUGGCCGUGCCAGCAACUUGAGGGUUCCAGGUUCGAUUCCCGCUUCCGCCGUCCUUGUCACUGCCGUUGUGUCCUUGGGCAAGACACUUUACCCACCUGCUCCCAGUGCCACCCACACUGGUUUAAAUGUAACGUAGAUAUUGGGUUUCACUAUGUAAAAGCGCUUUGAGUCACUAGAGAAAAGUGCUAUAUAAAUAUAAUUCACUUCACUACAUAGUCAAGAUGGCGACUAGUGAGGAUGGUCACAGGUCAAUUGACACACGGCCUAGGUUUGAAGGAAGCGGGAAAAAUCAAUGCGCUGAAAGUGACACAAUGGUCACAUGACUUGGUGGUAAAUAUUACUGCAGCUGCAUCUGUACUGUGAAAAUAUGCACAACUUUUGACAAGAGGACACAUGAGAACGGGAUGGAUAACACAAAAGUGGACUUAUCGACAACCAACAUCAAGGAUGUACGAUUUGUCAAACCCUUUCAUACGCUCUUAACUUUUUAUAUUCAACUUUUUGCACAAUCUUUGUUACAUGUGUAGACCUUUCCAACUGUCAUUACUCGCAUUAAAAUGUCAUUUUUCACUGUGAAAGACGCUGGAAAUGACCGUCAUUCAACCAUUUACUAACUAACUCACGGUCUAUUACGUCACAAUCAGUUACAAUUCAUUUGUAUAUGCCCUUAAUCAAGGAAAAACUUCAAAAGUCCAAACUAGGAAAAAGAAAGGGACCCCCCCUGCUGGUUGACCGGCUGUAAUGGACGCAGAGUAGGUGAUUGAUUGAUUGAUUGAAACUUUUAUUAGUAGAUUGCACAGUACAGUACAUAUUCCGUACAAUUGACCACUAAAUGGUAACACCCGAAUACAUUUUUCAACUUGUUUAAUCAAUUCAAGGUACAAAUAUACACUAUCAGCAUAAUACAGUCAUCA